ACAUACAGCCAAGGGAUCGAAUUAGCCUGCCAAAAAGAAAGAGAGUUUGUGAAGCACUCUGUAGAAUGCACGUGGAACCUAGCAGAAGCCCAGCAAAAACUUGGUAGCUUAGCACUGCAUAAUUCAGAAUCCUGCGAUCAGGAAUCUGCUCAAGCAAAGACUGAAGCUGCAGAGUUGAGAUGGAGAGAGGAAGAGUGGAGAAGAAAAGAAGAAGCACUAAACCAGAGGGAAAGACAGAAUCUAUGGAACACAGAUCCUGUUAGUAAGGAGGUAUUUAAUAAGAGUUUUAUUAAUCAAAAAAGAAAAGAAAUAGAAGAUGAAGAUGUGUCUGAACCACUUAUGCAAAAACAUGAACAAAAGAUUAGACACUUUGGUAUGCUGAGCAGAUGGGAUGAUAGUCAGAGAUUUUUGUCUGAUCACCCAUAUCUUGUAUGUGAAGAAACAUCUCGAUAUCUCAUGUUGUGGUGUUUUCAUCUAGAAGCUGAACAGAAAAGGGCUCUGAUGGAGCAAGUAGCACACCAAGCAGUUGUAAUGCAGUUUAUUAUAGAAAUUGCCAGAAGCUGCAAUGUGGAUCCAAGAGGCUGUUUUCGUCUUUUUUUCCAAAAAGCCAAAGUAAGAGAAGGCUAUUUUGAGGCUUUUAAAAAUGAACUUGAGGCAUUCAAGACAAGAGUGAGGAUCUGGUCACAAUCACAUGGCUUUCAAACUGUGUUACUACAUGAUCUCGAUGUCAAUCCUGGUCUUGUAGGAGAGCUGGCAUCUUUUUCACAGAACACAGGUGAUCUGCAAGGCUCCAUAAACACAGAUGUCUGCAGUUUAAACUCUGUGAUACAAAAAGAUGAAGAAGAAUCCAAAAUGAUGGACACAGUAUAG